ACCCUAUGGACGCGGUAACAACGUAUUCCUGACUUGCCUCUCAUUGGUAUAGAAGACAUGUGACCAUCCUUGACGCCCCGCUCACUCCCCUCGGUAUUCUACGUCAUUCCCCGCUUCCCCGCCCAUAAACCAACGAGGCCCCGCCUCUCCCGCAUGACUUCAGCAGAGCGAACCGCCCAAAAAGUUUCAAGGCGCCCCCUCAUCCCCACAACUCUUACACAGCGCCACCCGCAGGACUGUCUGAGAGAAGCACACCGGAACCCCCUUCCUCCUCCUCCUCCCACCCGCGGUCCUUGUGAACGGAAGCGGAAGAGUCAGCUCUUUCCGCUGCUGCCGUCCUUCCAGAGAUUGCAUACCCCCCCCUGUGACAGCAGCGACAGCCGGGUCUGUGCGCUCGUCCUACCCCCUCUCCUGCUGUCCCACACCAGGGAAAGGAGGACCGCCCCGCCGGCGCUGCCCCCGUCUGUACGUCCAGUGUCCCGGGAGGAAGCGCCACACGUGAGACAUGUUUUGGAAAUUUGACCUGCACACAAGUUCACAUGUGGACACCCUGCUGGAGAGGGAGAAUGUCACUCUUUUUGAGCUGCUUGAUGAGGAAGAUGUUCUCCAAGAGUGCAAAGUAGUCAAUCGCAAGCUUGUGGAAUUCCUCAUUCACCCGCAGCACAUGGAAGAACUAGUGACCUGCAUUACCCAGGAGCCGGUCAGCGACACAGAUGAGAAGCUGCGCUACAAGUAUCCCAGUGUAUCAUGUGAGAUACUGACAGCAGAUGUAACACAGAUUAAUGAUGCCUUAGGAGAGGAUGAGUCUUUACUGAAGCGUCUGUAUAGCUUCUUACAAAAUGAAGAUGAUCUGAAUCCUUUGCUAGCCAGCUUCUUCAGCAAAGUUAUGGGAAUCCUUAUAAACCGCAAGACAGAACAGAUUAUAGCCUUUCUACGUAAGAAGGAUGACUUUGUAAACCUGUUGCUGCGUCACAUUGGCACAUCGGCAAUUAUGGAUCUGUUACUGCGGCUUCUGACAUGUGUGGAACAGCCUCAACUGAGGCAGGAUGUAUUUAAUUGGCUGAAUGAAGAAAAAAUAGUUCAAAGGCUGAUUGAAAUGAUUCAUCCUUCAAAAGAUGAUAAUCAACAUUCCAAUGCUUCACAGUCACUAUGUGAUAUUAUUCGACUGAGUCGUGAGCAGAUGAUCCAGAUUCAAGACAGUCCUGAACCUGACCAGUUACUGGCUACUCUGGAAAAACAGGAGAACAUCGAGCAGCUUCUACGUAAUAUGUUUGAAGGAGAGCAUAACGAGUCUGUGAUAGUUAAUGGUAUCCAAGUACUUCUCACUUUAUUGGAACCUCGAAGGCCAAGAGCUGAACUAGGAGGAUUGAACGCUUUCUACUGUAAUUUAGAGGGGCAGCUGGAGAUUAAUCCUCCCAGUGGAGAUUCUUCUUACAAUACCCAAGCCAGCUUAGGCACAUUGUUAGCUAUCAAGCAGAGUCUAAAAGACUUCCAUCAGCUCCUCAUCGAUCCCCCUAAGAAGGAAAGCUUGCAGACAACUUGGGGUGUUCUUGAUCCACCAUUAGGGAAUACACGACUCCAUGUGGUGAAAUUGCUUACUAGCAUAGUUAAUGCAAACAACAUGGCUUUAAACCAAGAACUGAUUGAGCUAGAUUCAGUCAACACCAUGCUGAAUUUGUACUUCAAGUACAUGUACAACAAUUUCUUACACUCUCAAGUUGAGGCUUGUGUCACCACAAUUCUGAACUCUACUUCAAUCGAAGAUGCCAAUGAGAGCAACGCGCAAGAGAACUUGCUUGUCAAAUAUCUUCUACAGACGUGCCAGCUUGUGCAGAGGAUACUUUCAGCAUGGGAGGAUAAUGAGAAAGAACAGUCAGAAGGUGGACGGAGGAAAGGAUUUAUGGGUCAUCUCACCAAAACAGCAAAUGCACUGGUACAAAGUUCAGAGAAAGGUUCCAACACCACUCUUAUUAGCCAGCUUAUUAAAGAACUUCCAGAUGAGCAACAAGAGCGGUGGGAAAGCUUCAUCUCAGGAUCUCUUACAGAUACCAACAAGAAGAACACUGUGGACCUUGUCAACACAAGAAAUAUGCACUCUUCCAGUGAUGAUGAAGACAGCGACCUAAAGGAAUUUAAUUUUCCCCAAGAGGCAGUACUUCAGCAGGCUUUUGUUGACUACCAAAUGCAGCAGAUGACCUCUGCUUUUAUAGAUCACUUUGGGUUCAACGAUGAGGAGUUUGGAGAGCAAGAAGAAAGUGUCAAUGCUCACUUUCGACAGCUGAAGAGUGCUCCCUUUGAUAAAACAGCCAAUAUCACUUUUUCCCUGAAUGCUGACGAAGAAAGCCCGAAUUCCAAUCUGUUUGAGAUUUGCUACAAAGAACGCAUUCAGCAAUUUGAUGAUGAUGAAGAUGAUGGCUCAGAUGGGGAGGAUAUCUGGCAAGAGAAGGAGAUCCGUUUUUCUUCAGGGACAGUGCAGAGUGCUGGCACAAGGAGCUGUGGAAGCACAGAUAGUGAAGAUAGUAGAGAUUCUGAUGAAGAAGAGGAAGAUUCUGGUGGUGGUGCAAGUAAUACUAAUCCUUCAACAACAGAGCCAGCACCAGAAACAUCACGAGAUCCUAGCUGGACAGCAUCAUUUGAUUCAACAUCUACAGAUGCCUUGGUCUCUCCAUCAAUUGCUUCAGAAGUUACUGGUUCAUCUGAGUGGGAAAAGAAUGUACCGAAUAACAGUAGUGAAGAGGGCUGGGCUGUCUUUACAGAUCUCAGUAAACAGACAAGUUUUCAGUCAACAACCCCCGCAGAAGCACCUAUAAAAGCAGAAAAUUGUUCAGCUCAGGAAGUAAAUAAUGGUGAAGCAUCUGAAACGUCUGUAAAAGAAACCAUGCAAACCUCAGCCACACUGGGUAACUCCCAGGAGAGUAUAGAAACCCCACAGUGUUCUGCUGCAGAAACGGGUACAACUGCACCAUCUUCCAGUGAAUCUGAGAAUGAAUCCACGUGCAGUUUGACUUUAAAUGGUGAAACUGCUGAGCCUGUAACGCAAGAUGAAACUGUGACAGAAGAUACUAACAGGGUGGAAGAUAGAGCCCCAUCUACCUCAAAGAUGGAUAGCAUUGCAGAGUCUAAACAGAGCUUGGAAUUAACAAAUGACACUUUAGAUAAGAACUCUAAUGAAAACCAGACAGAAAUCCGGUAAACAUUGCACCCCCCCAAUCUGGCAUUAGAAAUAGAUGACUGUACAUCCAAAGAUCUACAUUACGUAUACAUAUGGAUUUUAAACCAGGACAAAGACCAAGGUUCUGUCUCCAUACGAGGAAGGAGACACAAAUCCAGAAUCCGUUGUAAUCCAUUGUAUACAAGAAGAUUGUGAAAGCAAGAGACAAACAAUACUAUUUUUUUGCACUGAAAGUUAAUAGCAUAUAUGUGUGUUUGUGUAUGUAUGUGCAUAUAUAUAUAUGAACGUAAAGUAUUAUAUGUACACACAUCUAUUUCACACAUGCUUUUAUAUAUAUAUAUUUAUAUAUGAAAGUGGCAACGGUAAAUAAAAAGAAAAACAGGAAUUACUGAAAUUUAAAUUAUAUAUACAUUUUAUUUUACUCUUUUUGGAUGGCAGGCGACGCCUCAGACUUAAGCACAAUAAGUCAAAACCAAAUUAAAAUGAUUUUCUUCUGUCCACCCUUGAUCCAUCACAAAAGAAAUCAAAAACUCUCUAUGCAGAUGUGCACACAGCAAUAACUGGCCAUUGUACUGGAUGCCUCGGCUGGAUUAUUGCCUCUUUCAGGCAUAGUUGUGUAAUUCCAUCUGUUCUCGAAUGCCUCUGAUUAAAAUGUAAUUUUUUUUUCUUUUUAUAUAAAUUGUCCAGCCCAUUUAUAUUCUCAUCCACGGGCAUCACAUUCUCUGAUAUUCUUUGCUAUAAUAGCUUUUUGUAAUGUGGUUACCAAAAGAAAACAAAGACAAAAAAAAAAGAAAUCCCCUAAUUGUUAGACUCUCAGUAAUAAUAUUAGCAGUGCCUUAUUGUCAUCCCAUGAACAUGAAAUCCAUUAAAAUGUACUAGGAAUGACAUUACUCAGUGUAUGUGUAUAUUGUGCAUCCUGAAAAGGUAUGUAGCGUUCAUCGAAUUCCUUGCAGCUGUCUCUCGUUCGCAGAUAUUUGCCCAGGUAUGGCUGUCUGCUUCAGAGCUUUUUGUACCUUAGAUAUUGCUUGAAGAAAUGGUGAUCUGUGUUCUGCCAGAAGGCUCCAACCAACCUGUAGUUCACAAGUGCUGCAAAUACAUUGCCAGCAAAUAUAUUCAAUGUAUUUAAAAAACCACAUUGAUUUUGUUGGAAAGCAAAAUUUUAGUUGACCUUUAAAAUAUAACUAGUGACCCCCUAUCUAGCACUAGUUUGACUGCCCUUAGCUCUUACUAGUCGUAGAUUCUGUUUAAAAACACCUUUUACGUGACAGGUGUUUUUUUUCUAGAAGGGUAUUCAACUAGACAUGUUUGAAAAUACUCAAGUUUAGCAACCAAGCCAGUAGACUUGGGUUAUUUCAAAUGCAUUGCCCUAGUAUUAAGUUUUGCAGGAUUUAAGGUAUUUGAAUGUUGUUUUGUCAUAGAAAAUGAGCUUCUCUUUGAGCUUGUCUGCCAGCUGUAGCCACCAUUGAUAAUAUUCAGUGGUUAUAUACCUCAGGCUGCACUGCUGUGAACGCCUGACUGCAACUUAUUUGGGGUCAGGAAGUCUGUCUGUUUUCUUUGGUCAUAUUGCUCAUGUAAUUAACUAGCAUGGCCAUAUUACAUUUCUUUCACUGUGUACCUCUAAACCAGAGACACACUUUACAAGUCUCCUCUUCUGACAAGUUAAUACUUGUAUUCCAUAUGAGAAAACCAUUCUGAAAAAAAUCUUUUCUUGGAACCCUCCAUUGUAAUGGUGCUUUUUCUCCUUGAAAUUAAUAGAUUAACAACUGGGAUUAACUGUACUUCUGUCAAGUUAGAGCUACAUGUGUCUGAUGUCUUGUCCACUUACAAUGGGCAUGGCUGAUGACUAGGUUGUUAAUGGCCGCACGGUUUUGCAGGUAACUGUCUUUUUACCUGCAAAACUGCACAACUAUCAACAAUCUGUUAAAUAGACAUUCCAGUACAUUCAGCUGGUGUAUGUCCUGGAGGAUGUCAUCUAGUCCUUUCUAAUCUUACAUAGUGCUCCCUGUUGACACCUCUGUGCAUGUCGGGAAAUGUCCAAAGCUGGAAAACAAAAGUUUAUUUCUUCUCUAGACAGUUCCUGACACAGACAGAGGUGGCAGCAGAUAGCACCGUGGUCAGACUGGAAAGAACUACACAACUUCCUCUCAUGCAUUCAGCAGCUGAUAGUGUUUUAUUUUUUUGGGGUUUUUAAUAGUAGUAAUUUACAAAUCUUUAUAACCAGUUGAUUUAAAAAGAUUUAGCUGUCAGUUUAGUCCUAAAUUUGUAGAAGAAACAGCACAAUGCAGAGAAAAGAUGACCCAGAAUUGGUAUUUCAUAGGAAAUACAUGUAUUUACUGAGACGGACAUGAAAAGUGCGCAGAUAGGUCCUUUAAACAAUUUAGUCAAAUUCUGAUGACCCAGUUAAGAAAAGGAAAGGUGUUACCGGGACUUUUACAUUAAUGGCCUGUGCUCAGGGUAGGCCAUCAAUGUCUGAUCAGCAGGGUGGCUUCGGCAUAUACACAUUCAGUUGGAGCUGACCUAAAGUAACCCAGCACCACUGCUGCACAAUAGAUGGAGCCAUCUGCUUUUGGCCCUGUUCAUUGUGUAGAUGCCUGCACCGUAGCCGUGCUGAACAGCUGAUCGGCAGAGGUGCUUGUUGUUGCUAUUCUGCUGAUCAGUCAUUAAUGGCAUAUCCAUCCAGGCUGGGUCAUCAUUUUAAGUUCUGGAAAACUAAAAUAGUCUAAACAUUAAUUUAGUCUAAAUAGUACUGUUAAAAUAAACCAAAAAGAUCUUGCCUCUCAUGGCUAGUGGGCAGUUGAAGUGUUUCUGGCAUUCAUGAAGGUUGUAUCUGAUCUAUAAUUUUUGUGCUCUGAUUAUAAAGCAAUAAUUUGCAUGUCCAUUUUUAGUUGGGUUUAGGUGUUCUGUUUCCUUUCUCACAGUGAAGUUUAACACUGUGUAUACUUCUAUGGAGGCACUUAACUAACUUUGUUGACUUGCAGAUGAUAAAACUUCAAGCACUUAUUUGCCUUGAUUAGUAAGAACAUAUAUUUUCAUGCACUUGUCUAGAUCCAUCAUAUGUGGACUGAAGUCUUUCCCAGUACUGUAUACCAGCCUGUACAUCUGUUCUGUAGCCAGUAGUCCCUUCUAUAAAUGGAGCUGUGGAUGAGGCAGUCCUAUAUGACUAGUCAAUUUGCAAGAUAUAAAAUGUGACUGGUUAGGGUAAAAACAUUUGGUUCCGAAAUUCAAGAAUCUUUAAUGUUUAAGGCCCCAGUGGGCAAUUUACAUAAGUUAGACUAGAUUAGUUUAACUUCACAGUGUGACCUCAGUAAUUUUACGGCGGUUUUCUGACUACUGCAUUAAGUGGUGAUUGCCUGCCAUUGACUUCAGUAGAGAAAGGACAGUCAUUUUGUAGUAAUCUCUCUACUGAACACAUGGACCAGAACUAAUUAUUCGUAACACUGGCGGAGGUUUUGCCUGCCAUCCGCUUGAUAAUUUAACACUUACAAUGAACCAGUAGUCAGGAAAUGUCUUUAAUUCUUGUUCUGUACAGUAUAAGCUAUUAUGAAUUUGUGGACCACUGUGACUGUACGAUCACAAGUAUUCUUAUUGGGGUUUUUUUUUUGCUUUCCUCUAUUGCUUUAUAUAUAUGUUCAGUUAAUUUCCUUAAAAUGACCACCUAUUUCCUAAUAUCCCAUAUUUCUCCUGUGUGGACAAUAGAUUGUUAGAACUUGCCUCAAAUGUAUUUUUGCUAAAAUAUGAUAAAUACUAUUAAAACAAUACUUUAAAAUUCCUUCGCACCUUCUUGCCCUCUCUGCUUUUAGUCCAGUGGCAGACUUAUCCAAAGUAAUCCAAAACAGACUGGUUUCUGGGAAUGUGUUGCCAUAAUUCCGCAUAGAAAUUGUCUAUGACUCAACUAUUCAGCCAAAGGUAACAUUGACACUGUGCUGACAGCUGAGAAGGGGAGAAGCAUCUUGGUUCCAGCCACACUGUGCCAUUUCCCACCUUAGCUUGGACAAAAUGCAAGUGGUAAAAGACAUAAAGGUGUUAUCCGUGAUAAAGGAAUGUCUGUUUCAGUUGUCCUCAAUUGUUAAAAAUGUCGGACUUAUUAUCCCCGAUACCCCACCCCCCACCAAAUGGGGGGAUGCCAACACAUGGGCAAGAGUGGCACCAAUCAUAAACAUGCCUUUUUUUUUCCCCCCGAUUGUAUUUCAGCCCCAUAAAUAAGUACGGUAAUUCAGAUUAUAUCUAUAUAGAUUGUUUGAAGGUUAUUGAUGCAUUUUAUCUAGUUUUUGAUUUAAAAACAAUGCAAUUGAUUCUUUUAUUAAAACUUUAUUUAUAAUCAUUUUUUCCUCCAAAGCUUUCAUGUAUUUUAGUACAUUGAUCAACUUUACACUAAAAAUGCCAAUUGACAGCAAACUCUGCAGACUGACUGGCUCAUGUCCUGCCUUCUCUUAAAUGCAAUUCUAAUUCUAUUACAUCAACUUGAACAGCACUGAGCAGGUUGCAGUUUAUUGGAACACAUGCAAGCUGCUUAAGAAAAGUGCUUACAUUUUUUAAAAAUGUAUUUUAUUUUUUACCAUUUAGUAAAGGCUAUGGACUUUGUUUGAAUAAUUUUCUAUAACAUGUAUCUAAAGCUUUACCCCCUUGUCUUUCAUAUCAGUUUAGAUAGAAAACCUGUAUAACAGAAUGAAAAUAAAUGCAUUAGUAUAGGAAAAAUAGAGAAUAUUAAUUGACAAGCAUUUCUUAAACCCGGAGAACCCCUUUUUAAGCAAACCCCAACAAAUGUAAAACUACUUGUGUGACCCAGAAUGCAAAGCAACUUACCUUUUCUGUCUCAUAUCAUUGACCUAAUGCCAAUAAGGGAUUAGGCAAGGGUGCUGUUGCAGACUUUAAUACUUCAGAUUUUUCUUCAGUUGUGUAUUUGUCAUACAACAAUCAGCAUUUUAAUUUGAAUGUGCCUUUCACUAGCCCUAUGUGGUUGGUGCAUGUUGACUGUCCUCCUUUAGAAACACAGUUAUGGUACAAGGGGGGGGAAAUAGGUAUAAAGUAUGUUCUGUACCUACCUUGCUAACUGAUGCCUUUCCCGGCAUUUCUGUGAAGUCAUUAUGUUACUUAGCAACAGGACGGAAUUGUUCAUUUUUUUAAUGAAAAACAAAAUGUUUAAAAAAAUGAUUUCAAAUAUAUCAGAUAAUUUAUAUAUUUUCUUUUGCAACUUUGAAAAUAUUUUAAAUAUGUGUCCUUUAUUUUUUCUUUGCUGGAAAGAAAAAUAAAUUAUACAUAUACUUGC